CGGCUGGGAGCGGGCGGGCGGGCGUCGGGGGCCCGCCCCGGGGCCUGGGCCAACUGAAACCGCGGCAGGAGGAAGCGCGGAAUCAGGAACUGGCCGGGGGUCGGCGCGGGGCCCGAGUCGGUCCACGGCGGCCCCAGGAGCAGCUGUCCGCGCGGGACGCUACCAUGGGCUUCUCUUCAGAGCUGUGCACUCCCCAGGGCCAUGGGGCAGUGCAGCGGCUACAGGAGGCUGAGCUCCGGCUGCUGGAGGGCAUGAGGAAGUGGAUGGCCCAGAGGGUCAAGAGUGACAGGGAGUACGCAGGGCUGCUGCACCACAUGUUCCUGCAGGAUGGCGGGGGCCAGAACCGGGGUGGAGUCCCCGACAGCCCCAUCAGCCAGUCCUGGGUGGAGAUCACCAACCAGACAGAGGGCCUGAGCCGGCUGCUGAGGCAGCACGCAGAGGAUCUGAACUCAGGGCCCCUGAGCAAGCUGAGCGUGCUGAUUCGGGAGCGGCAGCAGCUGCGUAAGACCUACAGCGAGCAGUGGCAGCAGCUACAGCAGGAGCUCACCAAGACCCACAGCCAGGACAUUGAGAAGCUGAAGAGCCAGUACCGAGCCCUGGCACGGGACAGUACCCAGGCCAGGCGCAAGUACCAGGAGACUAGCAAAGCAGACAAGGACCGUGACAGGGCCAAAGACAAGUACGUGCGCAGCCUCUGGAAACUCUUCGCCCACCACAACCGCUACGUGCUUGGCGUGCGGGCCGCGCAGCUGCACCACCAGCACUACCACCAGCUCAUGCUGCCUGGCCUGCUGCAGUCGCUGCAGGACCUGCACCAGGAGAUGGCCUGCAUCCUGAAGGAGAUCCUGCAGGAAUACCUGGAGAUCAGCAGUCUGGUGCAGGACGAGGUGGUGGCCAUCCACCGGGAGAUGGCUGCAGCUGCUGCCCGCAUCCAGCCCGAGGCCGAGUACCAAGGCUUCCUGCGACAGUAUGGGUCUGCACCCGAUGUCCCACCCUGUGUCACCUUUGACGAGUCAUUGCUUGAGGAGGGCGAGCCACUGGAGCCCGGGGAGCUGCAGCUGAACGAGCUGACGGUGGAGAGCGUGCAGCACACCCUGACUGCGGUGACAGAUGAGCUGGACACGGCCACCGAGUUGGUGCUCAGCCGGCAGGAGGUUGUCACUCAGCUGCAACAUGAGCUCCGUGACGAGGAGCAGAACACCCACUCCCGGGAGCGGGUGCAGCUGCUGGGCAAGAAGCAGGCUCUGCAUGAGGCGCUGCAAGGCCUGCAGGUGGCGCUGUGCAGCCAGGCCAAGCUGCAAGCCCAGCAGGAGCUGCUUCAGGCCAAGCUGGAGCAGCUGGGCCCUGGCGAGCCCCCGCCCGUGCUGCUCCUGCAGGAUGACCGCCACUCCACGUCCUCCUCGGAGCAGGAGCGAGAGGGGGGCAGGACACCCACCCUGGAAAUCCUUAAGAGCCACAUCUCGGGAAUCUUCCGCCCCAAGUUCUCGCUCCCCCCGCCACUGCAGCUUGUUCCUGAGGUGCAGAAGCCCCUGCAUGAGCAGCUGUGGUACCAUGGGGCCAUCCCGCGGACAGAGGUGGUUGAGUUGCUGACCCAUUCCGGAGACUUCCUGGUGCGGGAGAGCCAGGGCAAGCAGGAGUACGUGCUGUCAGUGCUGUGGGAUGGCCAGCCCCGGCACUUCAUCAUCCAGUCCGCUGAUAACCUGUACCGGCUGGAAGGGGAUGGCUUUCCCACCAUCCCCUUGCUCAUUGACCACCUGCUGCAGUCCCAGCAGCCCCUCACCAAGAAGAGUGGCAUCAUCCUGAACCGGGCCGUGCCCAAGGACAAGUGGGCCCUGAACCACGAAGACCUGGUGUUGGGUGAGCAGAUUGGACGGGGGAACUUUGGUGAAGUGUUCAGUGGACGCCUGCGAGCUGACAACACCCUCGUGGCAGUGAAAUCCUGUCGAGAGACGCUCCCGCCUGAUCUCAAGGCCAAGUUUCUGCAGGAAGCGAGGAUCCUGAAGCAGUACAGCCACCCCAACAUCGUGCGUCUCAUUGGCGUCUGCACCCAGAAACAGCCCAUCUACAUUGUCAUGGAGCUUGUGCAGGGGGGCGACUUCCUGACCUUCCUGCGGACCGAGGGAGCCCGCCUGCGGGUGAAGACGCUGCUGCAGAUGGUCGGGGACGCGGCUGCCGGCAUGGAGUACCUGGAGAGCAAGUGCUGCAUCCACCGGGACCUGGCUGCUCGGAACUGCCUGGUGACAGAGAAGAACGUCCUGAAGAUCAGUGACUUCGGGAUGUCCCGGGAGGAAGCUGAUGGGGUCUACGCAGCCUCAGGGGGCCUAAGACAAGUCCCCGUGAAGUGGACCGCACCCGAGGCUCUUAACUACGGCCGCUACUCCUCUGAGAGUGAUGUGUGGAGCUUUGGCAUCUUGCUCUGGGAGACCUUCAGCCUGGGGGCCUCCCCGUAUCCCAACCUCAGCAAUCAGCAAACUCGGGAGUUCGUGGAAAAGGGGGGCCGCCUGCCCUGCCCAGAACUGUGCCCCGAUGCUGUGUUCCGGCUCAUGGAGCAGUGCUGGGCCUACGAGCCCGGGCAGCGGCCCAGCUUUAGCACCAUCUGCCAGGAGCUGCAGUGCAUCCGGAAGCGGCAUCGGUGAGGCCAGCAGCCUCACAGGCAACAUGGUACCUGCUUAUCAGCUCCAGCUCUCGCUGUCGGACAGCUCUCACGGCCCUGGGCUCUCCAGCCGCCAGCACCUGUGCCACCCGCAGGGAUGCAGCUUGUGUCUGCCCUGCAUCCUGCUCCUGCCAGUCUUCCUCUUCCGGGAGGAAAUAAUAAAACCACUUCUCCCCA